GCCACGCUGGCAGUUGAAUUGACAGUGCACCGUCCGCGAAUCGGGCAUUCGCGUUUUCCUCGUGGAAAACGUAGUUGCUCGGGUGUAUAUGGUGCUGUUUAACGAGCACCCGAUCAGGCAUACGCAAUCGUUUAAAAAUCUGAUAUACGAUUUGCGGAUCAUCGCGGGUGUGUUAAGUGCGCGUAUAGAAGAGAGAGAGAAAAAAAGCAAAGGCGCCAUGGAGUAGUAGGUAUAUAGUCCAGAGGACAGAGAGCUCCGAAAAAAACCGGUCUGCCUCUUCUCUCUCGCUCUUCAGCUCUGGGUGCUGCGAGUUUCCUCAGGGUGGGGCGAGAACCUCUGGGUCCGCCGUCCAUUCGUGACGAGUGACGGGCUCUUUUACUCGUUUAGCAGCCGACUGUCCGGGCGUGCUGCGUCGCGUCUAAAUAGGUGCAACGUCGGUGCAGUGCACAUGAACAGUGUCUUUUCAUGGGAGAGUAGUGGGUGCAUCGAUAACGGGCUCACGUACACAGUGAUACGUAGCGGUACGGUCGCCGAAUGUCACAAUCACGAAGCGUGCUCGGUAUGUCGUCGUCGGACAUGAAUCUGAUGAAUCUCCUCUUCCCGCGGGAGGACGCGCUCUUUAAAGGCGACAUUAAAGACGAGCCUUUCAUAGACCAGAGCUACACCGACGACGCCAUCGCGGCGGAGGAAUGGCCGACGAACGCGGACGACUUCCUAGACUCCUUCUUGAAGUUAGAAGACAAUCAGUUCAAUCUGAUUGAAAAUGAUUUGGAGGAGAUUCCGUCCUCCUCGUCGGACAGCGGACUGUCGAGUGCGUUGAGCCUCUCAUGCGAACAACAAUUGAGUCCGUUGCUGCCCAUCGAGGAGGACCAGGUGGAAAUCAGCAACUCCGAAGUGAACAGCCCGCAGGACAUCAUGGACUUCGAUUCUCUGGGCAGUCCUAAUCAAUCAAUGGACAGCCCGAUUAGAUCGAACAUUGGUUCACCUGCCACGGACAUCGCCGAGGAAAUGGACGUCGAACAGACACUCGUGACUGUUGUUAAUCCGAACGACACUUUCGCAGAUUCCAAUGAAACUAUCUUGGCAGAGCAGCCGGUCGUUGACUUGGAAAAAACACCGACGCAAAUUCAUAUUGCACCUCAGGAAAACAACACAAUAAACGUGCGUAAUAUCACUUGUAACGGGAAACGGAAUAUCAGACAGUUGAUACGCGUUACGCCGAUGGGUUCCGGAAAUCCAAGAUCGAUCCUAUUGCCAGUGACCCUGAAAGAUAUGAAGGAGGUGCGAACGAUAAAAAUCAUCAACGCCUCGCAAGCGAAAAAUCUGAAAGGGUUCAAGAUCAAUCAGGCGAACAUAAUUAACAAGCCAGUUCAGAUGACCAUCAAGCAAGAGGACUCGAGCAGCGAAAUGGGUUGCAAUUCGAGCGACGAGAUUUCAGAAUCGGACUCUCCGUACCCGAGACUAAAACUGAACGCUGAAGAGAAGCGUUUGCUACAGAAGGAAGGUAUCACGUUGCCCACGCAUUACCCGUUGACGAAGCACGAGGAACGCGAGCUGAAGAGGAUCAGGAGGAAGAUUCGCAACAAAAUCUCGGCCCAGGAUUCGCGGAAAAGGAAAAAGGAGUACGUCGAUGGGCUGGAGGAUCGCGUGAAACAGUGCACCGAGGAGAACAUGACGCUGUUGAAACGCAUCAAGGCGCUCCAGUCGCAGAAUCAGAGCCUCGCCGGGCAGCUCAAGAGGCUCCAGGCACUUUUGCAAAAGGGCAACAAGAGUGCCCAACCCGCCACUUGUCUGAUGGUUUUACUGCUCUCCCUGGCCCUCGUCGCUGUGCCGAAUCUCCGGCCGCACUCCAAUUCUAAUAACGAGCUCACGCAGGAACAGGAACAGCCGGAGAAGAUGCCGCCCUUGGCGGGCCGUUCGCGAACUCUGUUGUAUACGAAACAGAUGAUGGACGAGGAACUACAGCAAUACGGUGAGGAAUUGCUGCAGGAGGUCGAGGGAUUGCUGGAUCACGAUUACAGUCCGGCGAUCCAGGCGCCCCUUUACAAACGUCCUCGCAUGGACAUCGAACCGAAGUGCGUCUCGUCCUCGAAUCACGUAGGUGGUACGCUUUGCGGAAAGCAGGAAGGCACGAUCAAAUCGGGAAAGAAAUACAUCGAACCACCUUUGGACGACGUCUGGCCACCGCCGAAUCCGGGCGGGCAGAAGAACGCCAAGGUGGUGGACAAGCUCGAGGCGUUGACCAACGAGCUGAAGAUCAACAUUUCCGAUUCUGAGGGCACGAGAACUGUCCUAGUAAAGGUGCCUCAGUAACAGUAAAUCGGAUCGGAUACAUAUUUUUUAUCAUUUUUGAUUACAGUAAACUUUGAUAGAAAUGACGAGGGAAAUCGAAUUAAAAAUCUCCUGCUUUCGAGUAUUGUUUAAUUUUCGUCAAGUCAAACUGACGAAUUAUAAAUUGUUUUAUCAUUAUGCAACGUAUGCCAAAACAGGAAAUUGACUGUGCGAUCGUAGAUACGACAAGAAUUAGAUUGCGAAGGCAUACUUGUAUUAAUUUUAAGCGAGGCUAAAGAUAAAAUCACUGAUCGGAAUAUUUCAAAUAUUCUACUAGACGUGAAGUCCUGAAGGAUCGAAUGUCAAAACUGAGCUCUUCUAUGAGAAGCGUACUAAGGAUAAGAUGGGGUGCCGCGUAUUUUUUAAUUGAACGUUUUAAUAGUCAGUCGGUACUAAAUAUAAAUGCUACUGAAUGUUUUUUUAUUUGCGAGUCCAUAGCUUUUAAGAAUAGCUACUUCAACACUGAACACGGUACCAAUAACUUUGCAAUUAAUUCUUUUAUUAGGAAGCAUGUUUUAAUUGACCAUGAAAAAGCUAUGCUGAACUUUAUGCACUUUUGUUCAGCACCUCACAUCCAUUUCUAGUUAAUUCACGUUCGCACGUAACGACUGUUUUACCAUUUCAUUUACUAAUUCAUCGUUCGAGUCUCACGAGUUUGAUUUCUCAUUGUCGUUUCGUUCACUACAGCAUAGCUGGAUCCUGGAUCGUACCGUCGUAUAACUAGGUAUCGAUCGUUUCUGGGUGAUUUUUCCAACUGUUUUUAAGGAGCUCGUAUGACGUUUAAAAUUAAUCUAUUUAUAAGGAUUUUUCGCGAAAGUUUUACAGUUAUUAUCGAUGUUGUCAAUGGCGAUGGGUGAGAAGAAAGAUUUGUAAAUAGUCAUUAUAUAAAAUUGUCGAAACGACACAGAGAGAUAUAUAUUGUAUAUUACUAUUAUUAUAUUACAUAUUACAAAAGAAAUAUAUCGUAGCUUUAAUUAUGCAAGAUACGAUUUCUGUACUACUGCGUCACGUAAAACUUGCUGUCUACAGGAGGUAUUGUACACGAGUGAGUCGCGAGUAACUCGUUGAUAAGAAAAAGAAAAUAAUAGGUUGUUUACACAUGUAACGCGAUAAACGAGUGUGUAGGCUUGCAAUGUUUCCAUCCUUUUAACGCGUGAUAAAUUCGAUUAUAGCCAGAUGGAUAAGUUUUCACCGUACACUAGGGGGGCUGGGGUAUCGCAGUGUUAAUAAUUAAUUUAAUUAGCGCAUUACACAUACACGUACGCGUGAGGGGUUCGCAGGAUCGGGUAAAGGCGGUCUGGAACCUACGCUCGUAUCCGAAUAAACAUACAUUAAACGAAAAACUGCGUGUCGACGACACCAGGUCUCAAGACUGUAUUAUAAAUGUUGUAAUCCCGUACCGAUUAAUCUCUUCAAAAACUCGACGCGUAUUCCUCGCCUCGUUUUAGUUAUGGUAAAUCACUUUGUUUAGACUAGCUAGACGAUGUUCGAGUUUCAUUUUUACUUUAUACACGAGAGACGGAAGAACGUGAUGACGUACGCUCUCGGCGGAAUUGUAAAUAAAAUACAAGAGAAGAGUGUUUCAUAAUCUAAUCUCGUACUUACGUUAAUUUCUCUCAUCUCAUCGUAUUUUUAGCGAGAAACGAAAUAAGCCUGGGAGAAGGCGAGUGCGCACACGGAGCUAUGAAAUAAAGAUUCGUGCCCGAAUAUGCAUGAACAGGCUUUUUCUUUCGCGGUACAGCGAGAAUCUCGCGUGUUUAGAUAGAAUUUGUCGAUAUCUUCCAAACAGUCGAGAUACGCUCGCGGUUCGAUGCACCGCGAUUCUUAUUUAGAUAAGUUCUUAAACGAUGCAUUCCUAUUCAGUAGAUGUUUAUUACACGAUUCUAUUUUUGCACGUAUAUGUUAACGGGUUGAUGGUAUCACGCUCGAAACUUGCGAUUUCGGUAUACGUGUAACGACAUUAGGAAAUAAAUCUUAGAAUAGUAGCCGAUCUCUCAUCAUUCAUUUCUUUCCCGCAAUAGAUCAAAUUUUGUAUACAUACUGUCAAGAAGAAAAUAUUUAAAAUA